UUUUGAACCAUGCCCCAGCCCAAGCACUGGGACAGCUGAGUCCACAGAGAGGAGGACAUCGUUGGGAAGUAGGGCCUUGACAAAAAAGCCUCUAUUGUGAUUUUCAGCUGCAGGACAGAAGGAGUGAGUGGAGGGGAGCACCUGAGAAGACUGGGACAAGGAGAGAGACAGAGACAGAGAAAUGAGUCCUGAGCACUGCAGCUCGGUGAAGACACAGUACAAUAUACAGGUGAAACUAUAACUGCAGGAAACACACCCCCCCACCACUGGUAACAAAAAAGGAAGGCCUGGAGGGACUUGGAGGGAGCACCAGUAGCUGUCCAUCUAUCCAUCUAAUCAGCCAGCAACAAUGCAGGGGCUGAUGUGGAGCCUGUGCGCCAUGCUCUGCCUCUCCCUUUGGGAGGAAAGUUACUGCAGGAGUUCCAGGGAAGCCCGGAGGACCAAAGAGGCCUCUCUCCACAGGAGUAAAAGAGCUACCCAGGAUCCUGAUGCCAAAAAAUGUUCCUACACCUUCCUUGUUCCUGAGCAGAAAAUCACAGGUCCAAUCUGUGCCACUACCUCAGGCCCCGAACAAGACAAGGACAGAGUGACCCGUAUGGACAUUGUAGAUGUGCGGGAGGUGCUCAACAAACAGCGACGUGAGAUUGACACACUGCAGCUGGUGGUUGAUGUGGAUGGUAACUUGGUGAAUGAAAUGAAGCUGCUGCGGAAAGAGAGCAGGAACAUGAACUCCAGGGUAACCCAACUCUAUAUGCAGCUGUUGCAUGAGAUCAUCAGGAAAAGAGACAACUCUCUGGAGCUGGUCCAGCUGGAGAAUCGCGUCCUCAAUGUGACCUCUGAGAUGAUGCGACUGGCUUCCAGGUACAAGGAGCUGGAGGCCCGGUUCGCCAUAAUGGCUGGGGUGGUCAACAACCAGUCCAUUCUCAUCUCUGCACUGGAAGAACAGUGUCUGAGGACGCUGGGACGCAGUGAGCUGCCUGCAGUUCCUCCACUGGUACAGGUGGUACCACAGAAUAUACCAGUUAAUAAUCGUUUCACCAAUGAGAUACAGAGGGACAAUAACAACCAGGCCUUUCCUCGAGGAUCACACAUGGACUCCCCAACUGCAAGCCCCUUUGGGAUCGACCCUCCACCACCACAGGGAACACUUACAUCAGAUGGUCCCUUCAGGGACUGUUACCAGGUGCGAAAGGCAGGCCACAGCACCAGUGGGAUGUACCUGCUUAAGACAGACGGCAGCGACCGGUUGAUCCAAGCCUGGUGUGAACAUGGCCUCGACAAUGGAGGAUGGACCGUGUUGCAAAGGAGGAGAGAUGGCUCUGUUAAUUUCUUUCGGAAUUGGGAGAACUACAAGAGAGGCUUUGGCAACAUAGACGGUGAACACUGGCUUGGACUGGACAAUAUCUACAACCUGGGGAAACAGGGUGACUAUAAGCUGAUGAUAGAGUUGGAGGACUGGACAGGGAAGAAGGUGUAUGCCGAGUACAGCAGCUUCCACCUGGAGUCAGAGAGCGAGGGUUAUAGGCUGAGGCUCGGUACCUACCAGGGCAACGCCGGGGAUUCCUUCAGCAGUCACAACGGCAAACAGUUCACCACACUCGAUCGUGACAAGGAUGCAUUUCCUGGCAACUGCGCCCACUUUCAUAAGGGUGGCUGGUGGUACAACACCUGUGGGCAGACCAACUUGAAUGGUGUAUGGUACAGCGGGGGAGUUUACCGCAGCAAAUUUCAGGAUGGUAUCUUCUGGGCAGACUAUGGAGGAGGUUUCUACUCCCUCAAGUCAGUACGCCUCAUGAUCCGACCGAUAGACUGAUACCUAAGACUUGGGUUCCCUUCAAAUGCACCUCAGUUUCCUUCCUUUUCUCUAUCUACCCAUACAAAAUACUGUAAAAGCAGGACCAGGAAUUCCUGCUGACGUUCUGUGCCUUGUAAAAGACAGUGGAGGAAAAGACAGUGGCAUGUGUUUAUAGCCAGACGAUAAUGACUCCAACAGUCUGUGCAGUGGCUAACUCCAAAGUUGACUCUAACACAGAGAUGAAGAGCGAUGCCAUUGCCUUCUAUAAGUAACUGCUCUCAUCCACCUUUCAGUCUGGAAAGUAAUGGUCCAUCAAACUCCCUGGGAUCAUUCAGUAUUACUCUCAAAUGUCCUAUUUUACUCACUCUUGUUGAAACUCAGUCUGUAAUAAAGGGAAAUGGUCAUGUACUAAAGACAUGGGAUUUCUUCUGAGCAGCUAAUGGUGACUUAUUGAAGUUAGUGUUGCCCAUACCAAGGGCUACUGGAUGUUCUGGAAUGUUAAACCUUAGUAGCACGAAUAAUAACGCAAUAUAAGUUGUGUUGCCAGUUAGAAUACCUGACAAACAAAUGGUUAGAGGACAGGCCUUGAUGAACCUACUGUCUACUCAUUUCUGUGAUCUGUCUGGACUUGUGGGGUUUCUUUUGACCUCUUUAUGAAAAAAAAACAACAACAAAAAAAAACUCAUGCAGCAAUGUGCUUGUUCAAUGUGCAUAUGGCUGAGCUGGCUUUGGUAUGUAAAUAUCUUUGGCUUUAUUUGUGAAAGUUAAUUUAAGAGGUAUGAUUCUACUCAGGCCUAAUGUUCACAAUUUUGUCACUCUGCCAGUCUUUGUUAUUUAUCAGUGUAUUUAUAGUAAGUAUAGCCAUGGCCACUUUAUAUCUAGCCCUGUAACAAUGCAAUUCUUAAUAUUUUUUUAUCCCAUGUAGAAAUACAUUAUUAACAGCUGAACAGAAGCACGCAUGCCUGCAAACAAACACACACACACACACACACACACAACACACACACACACACACACACACA